GACACGUAUGCAUGUUAAAGUUAAAAUAUCUAAAACAACAAAGAUUACGCACUUAGCAUAGUUGAAUUUGAGGAACAAGAAGAGCAGACACAAAUUGAGAUUGAAGCAGAAAGAUAGAUAUGUCGAGUGGUAGAUCAAUUGGGGUGGCCUUGGACUUCUCUCAUGGAAGCAAACUUGCUCUGAAAUGGGCUAUUGAGAAUCUCAUCCGAAACGAAGACACCCUUUAUGUGAUCCACAUCAAGCCCCCUCAAUCUAGUGAAUCUAGGAAUCUUCUGUGGUCUACAACUGGUUCUCCUCUGAUCCCUUUGGUGGAGUUUCGUGAGCAGGAGGUCAUGAACAACUAUGAGGUCCAAACUGAUCCUGAGGUCUUGGACAUGCUUGACACUGCUACUAGGCAGAAACAGGUGAAGGUGGUAGCAAAGAUAUACUGGGGUGAUCCAAGAGAUAAAGUUUGUGAAGCUGUUGAGGACUUGAAGCUUGACUCUUUGGUAAUGGGUAGCAGAGGCUUGGGUGCCAUUCAAAGGGUAUUACUGGGGAGUGUUACAAAUUAUGUAACUACAAAUGCAACUUGUCCUGUAACAAUUGUCAAAGACUCUGCCCCUUCUACUGCUUGAUCAUGCUGUUGUCCUCUGCUGAUAGUGUUUUUAGUUUCUAUAAAUAAAUAAGCUUUGUGCUGAACUGGACAUACAUGAUUCAGUGUCUUCUUGGAACCAGAAUUUUGUUGCUAGAAUGAUGUGCAAUGUCUUUAGUUUAUUAUUAUAAAGUGACUACUAUUCACAUGAAUUUGUUUAGGAUCUAAAGUUCUCAAUUAUCUCCUUAUUAAAGUUAUUAUAACUUUUUGGUUUUA